CGAGGGCGAGGGCGAGGGCGAGGGCGAGGGCGGGGAGUGGAGCGGCGUGCCUCUCCAGCGCCCCUGCCUUCCCCAGCCAUCGAGCUGAUCAAGGACCUGGUCAACUACGACGUGUGCCCGGCGCUGCUCAAGGGCCUCGUGGCGCUGCUGAUACCGUCCUUCAAGGAGACCAGCAAACAGCAGUCCCAGAUCGUCAGCGACUCUUCGGUUCUGCAGCUCACCGCCCACCUGCCGUUGUUCUUGCAGCAGGCCGCGGCCGCCAAGGCCAUCGGGAUCCUGGCGCGAGGCAACACGAGCCUGGCCGAGGAGAUGCUGCCCCUGCGCGUGGUGCACAGCCUCAUGGCCGCCAUGGGCAACACGGACCACAGCAACAGCCAGCGGCAGGCCAGCCUCACGCUAGAGUACUUUGUGCAGUUAUUCCCAGUGGUGGAGGAGCACGUGCGCAGGUCCAUGGGGGAGGAACUCUACAAGCUCUUCCGUAGCAACGCCGAGGACUUGUACGUGAAAAUAGAUAGCAUUCAGGCGGACAUCUUGGCGGCCAACAAGGUCAAUGUCACCAAAGAGCUGUAUCUCAGCGGCCUCUCCGACAGCACCAUGAGCUCUUACUGUGGCCACUGUAAUCAGGGUCAGGUGGCCUACAUCACACACUUCCAGAAGGAGGCUGCGGAAGAAAAGGAGUAACAGAGCCUCCAAGGCAAGCCAGGAGGCCAAAGCUGUGUGGCAGGGAAGCCUGGCAGAAGGAAGGAGCCAGGGCCAAGCUCCGGUUGACUCCUCUUGGCCCUUGGUGGGAGGCUGGGGUUCUGCCCGCCAGAAGGGGAAAAGGAGAGCUGGCUGGGAAGGGUUCAAUAAACAAACAGUCUCGCUAUC